AUGAGUUCUACGCAAAUGCCAUCGAAUAAAAAGGAAGGACCUCAAGGACCUAAAAUAACAGCAUUUUUUUCAAAAAAAAUGAAGUCUAGUACGAAAGUUCUUCAAACAGAAACUGAAGAUAUUCAAGAAUUAAAUGUUGAAGAAUGUUAUGACAAAUAUGAUUCGAACUUACAUCCUGAUGACCCUAAAAUAAGUAUCCCGAAGAAUCAAAUUGAAUUUAAACAAAGGGUUUUAAAAGGACCAUAUCAGCCAGUUUUAAAAAUUUUCCCAAGGACAACAUUUGGCAAUGCUAAUAAACAACGCAGUUUUCAGCAUUCUUGGUAUAAUUUGUUUCCUUGGCUAGAAUAUAGUCCAAAAGCAGACCUAGCAUUUUGCUUUCCGUGUCGAAUGUUUAAUGGUGCCACAGGACUUAACGCUGGGCAGAGUGAAAUAGUAUAUUCCAAAACAGGAUUUAAGAAUUGGAAAUUAGCUACAAUAAGAUUUAAUGUCCAUCAAAAAACUAAGGUUCAUUUAAAUAGUUCUUCAGCUUUAUCAAAUUUUUUGGAUUCCAAAUCUAUUGAUGUUGUUUUGGAUAAAACAUGUGAACAUAUUAACAGCCAAAAGGAGAUUCAACGACUAAAAAAUCGUGAAAUUGUAAAACGUAUUAUAGAUAUCAUACUUUGUAUAUCCAUCGGUGGUAAACCAUUGCGUGGACAUACAGAAAAAACAAAUGAUGUUCAUAAAGGUCUUUUUCUUGAUAUUGUUAGUCUUCUAAGUAAAUAUGAUUCAUUAUUUAAUGAACAUUUCAUUUCUGGACCAAAAAAUUGUUUGUACACAAGUAAUCGCAUUCAAAACGAUUUGAUUUCAUCAAUUAAUUUAGUAAUUAGAAAACAGCUACAAGAUAUAAUAACCGAUAGAAAAAUUUCUUUAAUAGCUGAUGAGACAAGUGACAUUGGUCAUCAUGAGCAAUUAUCUAUUGUUUUACGCUACUUUGAUGAAACCAAAAAUUGUCCUAUUGAACAAUUUUUAUGUUUAAAACGAAUGACAUCGGUUGAUGCUCAAAGUAUUUUUGAUAAAAUGAGUGAUGUCGUUCAAGAAUAUGGAAUUAAAUGGGAAAAUGUGGUGUCAAUUUGUUUUGAUGGAGCAUCAACGAUGUCUGGGAGUACUGGAGGAGUGCAAGCAAAGUUUAAAGAAAAAAAUAACAAUUCAUUUUUUGUUCAUUGUUAUGGACACUGUCUAAAUCUUGUUCUAGUAGAUUCUAUUGGGAGACAUAAUAUAGUCACUUUUGAUUUCUUCGGUAACAUACAACUAAUUUAUAAUUUCAUUGAAGGCAGCUGUACUCGGCAUGCAGUAUUGGAAAAAAUUGCCAACUUUACAAAUACAAAGUUAAAAACUUUAAAAUCAAUUUCUACCGCAAGAUGGGCUUGCCGCUCAGAAGCCAUUAGUGCAAUAAAAGAAAAUUAUCCCUCAAUAUUAGCUGCAAUUGAAGAAAUUGUUGAUAAUACAAAACAAUCAGAUGUUCGAGCAAAAGGCAAGGGAAUUCUUCAUCAGAUGAAAACGUUUGAAUUUAUCUUUGCCAUGUUGAUGUUAGAUCCUAUUCUUUCUUCAAUAUUAAAAACAAGUGCUUUUUUACAGUCAUCCGACAUAAACUUAUUAACGGCUUUAGAAAUCAUUGAAAAAGUGUCCACCAAAAUCGACUAUUCGAGUAGUACACAGUACUAUAUGUCUUCAAAAGAAGAAGAAAUGAAGGUUUCUGUAUACUAUUCGACAUUGGAUCAUAUAAUUAGUGGAAUUAAUAUUAGAUUUAACCAAGAAACAAUAAACAUGAUUAGAAGCAUAGGAAAUUUAUUAAUUUUAAAUAUAAAUAGCAUUGACAUUACGGUUUUAUCCGCAGCAUUUGAUUUAAACUCUGAUAUGUUGAAAACAGAAAUUAAUCUUCUUAAACAUACAGAAAAUAUACCAAAAGGCGAGAAAAACAAAUGCGGCGAUUGGAUAAAUUGGCUUACACAAUCCAACUACGGAAGGGAAACUAUAUUUUGUAAUGUUUUUAAAGCAUUGAAAACAUUUAUGGUUAUACCAGUAACGAGCUGUUCUUGCGAACGGUCAUUUUCCAAGCUCAGUAUUGUGAAAACUAAGUUACGCAGUACCAUGAGACAGGAUCGAUUGAAUAGUCUGCUUACAAUAUUUAUUGAGCAAGAACUUGCUUCUGGUAUAAACAUUGAUGAUGUAAUUGAUACAUUCAAAAAUCUUACUCCCGUGGACAGAAGGAUGGAGUUGUAA